AUGAUACCAUUUGAUGGAAUAAAUCCUAUGAUUAUUGGAAUGAAGAUAACUACAGAAAAUCUUCGUCUUCCAAUUCCACCUGAUUUGGACAGUCGAAUUGUUCGUCUAUUUGAUUUAUGUACAAAAGAUGAUCCUGGUAAACGCCCAAGAUUUGAUAUUCAACUCAUUCAGUUAUUAGAUAAAAUGCGUGAACGUGCUUCUCAAUGA